AUGUUGCUCCCAGCUCCCCUGUCGCAAUACGUCUUCUCCAUCCAGUCAUUGAGUCGCAAAUGGUCAUCUCAUGCCCAAUCGCGACGUAAUGACAGCCAAAGACCCCUCGCCCAACGUCUGACCGAUGUGUUUCUCCGUACAUGGGACCUGGGAUUCACCGCGUUCGGAGGCCCUCCCGUACACUUCCAAAUCCUCCAUGGCAGGUUUGUCGAGUGCAAGGGUGGGAAAGAGCAGUGGUAUCAAGAACUCUUCGCUAUCUGUCAAGGCCUUCCUGGCCCUGGAAGUACGAAGAUGCUGUUCUGCCUUACCUUGCUCCAUGCGGGAGUUAUACCGGCCCUAAUGGCUCUGCCCGGUGCAAUUGGAAUGUAUGCCCUCUCAGUCGGCGUUGGAAAUCUAAGCCGUACUCUUCCCGAGCCCGUCUACGCCUUGCUGUCUGGGCUCAACGCUGCGACAGUCGGCAUUGUCGCGGUAUCUGCUGUACAACUCGCGGAAAAGGCUAUCUGCGACAAAAUUUCUCGCAUUCUGAUCAUCUUCGGUGCCUGCGCUGGUCUCUGCUAUAACACGCUAUGGUAUUUCCCGGUGCUGAUGCUUAGCGGUGGCUUAGUCAUCGCUGUUUGGGAUGGAUGGCUGUAUGCCCGAGUCCAAAAGGCCAAGACUGCUUGGCGGAAUAGACGCAACCGCCCCAUGGACUCGGAGGUGGCAAAUACGACCCCUGUAGAGAUGGAGUCUAUACAGCCUGGAGAAGCGGAGAGAAAUGUGACGAUACGCUCAAGGAAGAAGCAUAAUUUGGAAGCCCCGAGCAGUUUGCCUGUCAAUACAGCUGGAGCGUCGAGCUCAGCACGGUCAGCCGAGACCGAAGUGACCCAGUCACCAAACUAUGUGAUUCGAAUCCGCACUGGAUUUGCUAUAGUGACGGUUUUCUUUGCCUCCUUUAUUGCGCUCCUCGUCGCAAGAGGCCAACUAGCCACACCUCCCUUAGUGCUGGAUCUAUUCACAAGCAUGUAUCUCGCCGGAACGGUAAUAUUCGGUGGGGGCCCCGUCGUGAUCCCACUUCUGCGCUCCUACGUCGUCGCCCCUGGUUGGAUCUCUGGCCGAGACUUCCUCAUCGGUCUAGCCAUCAUUCAAGCCUUCCCAGGACCAAAUUUUAACUUCGCUGUCUUCCUCGGUGCCUUGGCCCUGCAACCCACGGGGUUCCCCACGGUCUUUGGCGCAUUCCUCGGCUGGUUAGGAAUCUUCGUGCCGGGUCUUGCCCUGGCUGUUGCGUUCCAGAGUUUUUGGAGCGUGCUGCGGAGGAAGAAGUUUGUCAUUCACAUCUUGAGGGGAGUAAACGCUACUGCAAUUGGGUUGGUGUUUACGGCUGUCUACCGGUUGUGGGAGAUUGGUUAUUUGACAUCCCAGAAUAGCUCUGGACAGAGUCUUGCUAGAGAGCCAUGGUGGGUGGUUGUCACUACCAUCUCCUAUGCCGGAAAUGCGUGGUUUAAGGUGCCUCCGGCUGUGUCUAUUGUUAUUGGUGCUAUCCUGGGUUUGUGUUGGUACGGGGCUGUGGGCCGAUAA